AUCCCACCCUCGCUCGCUCUUGCGCUCGCUAUAUAGAGCUAGCCUAUAUAAAGCUUCGUCGCGCGCCUAUAUGCCACCAGAUAGCCGUAGAUUCUUCUCGGAGUACUGCGCUUUUAUCCCACUAUACAAAACUUGCGGCAAUUGCGCUCGGAGUAAGAUACGAGCUUGCGAGUGGGAUAGCCUAUCGGUCUCUGGAUUUUCCUCGAUCGAUACGUCGAAACUGAAGAAGAGGAAGAGGAGGAGGAGGAGGAGGAAGAGGACGAGUGAAAAGUGUUUGUAACCGUGGAUAAUCGAUCGGUGAACAAGUUUCGAGCCCUCGUCACUCGCACCGCUAAUCACGCUUAGCUCCAGCUCAUCAAACUUCGAUAGAAUGCGCUGUAUUCUGUUAUUUCUCGUGGCCCUUCUGAAAGUCGGAACGUUAAAGACGGAGACGAUCGACUUCACGAGGAAGAAUGGCCGAAUGGACGUGAUAUUCCCGUUGGGACAGGGCAAGGCUGGGAAAGAGGUGGCGUCGAGUCCGUCAGAAAAACAGGAUUUGGAGCCGAUGAUUCAACGCGACUGGGAGGACGCUGAUUUCAAAUUCCCGCCGAACGGAGAUACUUCGCUGAGGAAAAUCGUCAAUCUCGACGACGCCGUCGACGAGUACGAGGAUAACGAAUUCCCAGACGAUCAGUUCAAGUCGAUCGAGCAGUUGGACGACGCGCAAGCAGCUCGUCUGUCGAACUACUUGAUAAAAUUUCUGCAGCGACCCGGAGUGUGGGAGACGCCGCUUAUACUGGUUAAAGAUACCCCCGACAACUUGGAAGGUCGAGCGUAUCCCGUGGAACUCGACGGCCUGCAGGCCAUCGCCAAGAGAUCUCGUUACUACAGGAGAUAUCCCUGGAAGCGGCAGAACUCCAGGUCUUACAACAACAUGGACUACGAUCCCUACAACCCUUGCAAUCCCACGAAAAUCGAGCUGUUCCGGCUACUGGAGGCUCUGCACGACGCCCGACAAGGUAACAAAUCGCGAUACGUGAACUUCUGCAAUCGGAAGAGACCGGCCAGCGCCGUUUACACGAACAUCCGCUUCCUCGGCCGCAGAAGAAAGUAAAUGUAUUAAGCGAUUUUCCGAGAUCACGAAUUCUUAUAAUAUAUAUAUAUAUGCAUUAUCGAUCGCAUAUCGAUUUGUCACAGAGAAUAAUACACCUACACAAUAUUGAAACACAAAGCGCCAAAUAUUUUAUGGCAUAUGGUCUCGAGUAUUUUAUUUCGUUAUUUUAGCGUUCGAAUAUAUAUAUAUAUUUUUUUUAUUUAAAAAAAAAGUUGUACAAAAGUAUUUUUUUACAUAAACUGCACUUUUUUCCUCCAUCGCUUGGUUUCGGCUUUACACACACACAGACACAUAGCAUACAUAAAUGUACAAUUCGAGAAAAGACUUUCAAUCUUUGGACAAUCUCUAUACUCUAUUAUACUCUCUCUAUAUAUAUAUAUAUUCUCACCGCGUCUGUCUCUUAAGCCUGUAUUUAAAGAGGAAGAUCUUUACCAAUUGUGUCACGAUUAUAGAUCGAUCGAUAAAAAUUGCAAUUAUUACAAUUGUAACUAUAUCCGUUAUGACGUGCCAAAAAUAAGUUCGAACCACACACACACACACACACGAUUAGAGUUAGAAAAAUAAAAAAAUUUAUUGUUUGCAGA